UGUGUAUGUAUGUCAUCGAGAAUUCACAUUGUUUGCUUGAUUCUUGGAGACGAUAGUCUCAUUCAGCCCUGGGACCAAACCAUGGAUCCAUUUGGUCCCAGUAAAUCUCUCCCUUUCAAAUAAAAUAUUAAAAACUCUCUAAUCUCUAUCUUGCCUCAGUUUCUCCAGCAUUACACCUUUAAGUACCAUCUCUUUAUGAGGACUUUCUUCAUUUUCUCAGCUGUUAGUAUCCACAUUUGUUUUGUUUUAUAUUUAUUUAAAUGGAUAAAUGUUAUUUUUCUUGAUAAAAUUUUAUCUCCUUGAGAAUAUGAUAUAUAUUUUUUGUUUUUAUAUCCUAUGUCAAGUAGUUCCUGACAAAAAAAUAGGCCCAUCAUUAAUACUCCUAAUUGAUUUCUUUAUUUUUAAUUUUGACCUGUUCUAUUCCAUCUGAUUUUUUAACUUUUCUCCUACUAAAACAAUUACACUUAGGAAUUGUUAUAAAAGUUUUUACAUGGAUUUUUUAUGGAUUCAAAAUCCAUAUAGAUACUAGGAACUUUAUUCAAAUCCAUAUGUUGCUAGACUCACAUUCUUAGGCUCAAUCUCCCUGCCACCUCUUGUGUACCUUAAUACUUUGUCUCCCUCCUCUGGUCUGUCCUUCCCCCUUGGAUGUCUUUGAUGUUUCCUGACCUCAGACUAUAUAACUUUCCUUUGUUUGCUAUAUGUGCCAGAUUACAUUCAUUUAGCUGUCAUAAUGUUGGUACAUAUCAUUGUUCUCUUCCUUCCUUCCCCACCUCCAUCUUGGUAGUCUGUCAGUCAGCUUCACCACCUCUCCCUCCCCCUGUUCACCCCCUCCUUUAUCUCCUUCCCACCUUCCAUACCCCAUCCACACUGUUUCAACUCUCAGAGGAACUUUCUUACCUGCUCAGAAUCCAUAGUCUGGUCAUUGCAUGGAGUGAUAAUGGUGGGGAGCCCUUGCUGUUCCUGAAGUGGUCCCUAGUACAGAUAAGACCCUUCCAAUGCCUUGGGCACUCCCUCGAUAACCCCUCCUCAGACCUGGACACACUUGUGUGUACCUCAUGUCUUGCACUAGAACCCUCUGUCUGAGCAUUCCUGUUGGGAGGCUGUGGAGUUGAAGCCCAAAGCUUCAGGGUGAGUGGGAGGCCUGACUUGGCCAGGGUAGGGCUGCUGGAGGCCAUGGACCAAGAGGGAAUUGCUGGGGCCACAUGGGUGUGGUUGGAUGAGCUGGGGUUGUCUCCCUGCUCCUCUCCCUUCUGAGAAUAAGAAGGGGAGUAGAGUAGAAGAGUUGCUCCAGUUUUAGGGGCUGUCAGGGCCAGAGACAACAAGAGGAAGAUUCAAGAUUUUGAAAAGAACCAUCAGAAGGGGAAGCCUAUGGGAGAGGAAUGCAAGAGUCCUAAGUCUGUUAUAGAGCCCAGAGUAGAAGCAGGGGAAGGAAGGGGCUGUAUUUAGUAGUGGCUAGGAUCAUUAGACCUAUAUUCAGGCCACCAUUCCCGAUUUUCUAAAUUGUAUUGGGGCCAGGUGAUAUUACAAAGGAAAUCUUUACCUUUCCUCUUCAGAUCCAUCAUUGUGGAUUUGUCCCAAUUCUUAAGUAGAUAUCCCAGGGCGGGGUGAGGACUAGGUAGUCAAGGUUCCCUCUCUCAUCUACUUUAAUACCAGGGGCUUUGGACAGGUAUUUAAAAAAAAAAAAAAAAGAAAGAAAGAAAAAUGUGUUCCAACUGAGAUGUCCCUCAGUGUAUAAGAAGGCAGAUUGCACAGGGUGCACAUAGGUGGUUCAAACCUCCGACCAGUGCUGUCCAAGUCACAUCUGGGGUGAAGGCUCCUAUCGGAGGACUCCAGAGGCAAAGGAAACAAGGGAGAAGGGAUUCUCCUAUAAAAGACAAUGACUACUGACGAGGCCACCAAGAAUGAUGGAGAGAAUCCAGCAGUUGCUCUUGCUGAACGAGGCGAAGACAUUACUCCUAAAAAAGACCGAGGUGUUCUAAAGAUUGUCAAAAGAGUGGGGAAUAAUGAGGAAAUGCCUAUGAUUGGAGACAAAGUUUAUGUCCAUUACAAAGGAAAAUUGUCCAAUGGAAAAAAGUUUGAUUCUAGUCAUGAUAGAAAUGAACCAUUUGUCUUCAGUCUUGGCAAAGGUCAGGUUAUCAAGGCAUGGGAUAUUGGAGUUGCUACCAUGAAGAAAGGAGAGAUCUGCCACUUACUGUGUAAACCAGAAUACGCAUAUGGUUCUGCUGGCAGCGUCCCUAAAAUUCCCUCGAAUGCAACUCUUUUUUUUGAGAUUGAACUACUUGAUUUCAAAGGAGAAGAUUUAUUUGAAGAUGGAGGCAUCAUCCGCAGAAUCAAGCAGAAAGGGGAAGGUUACUCAAACCCAAAUGAAGGUGCAACAGUAGAAAUCCACUUGGAAGGCUCCUGUGGUAACAGGACAUUUGAUUGCAGAGAUGUAGUAUUUGUUGUUGGAGAAGGGGAAGACCAUGACAUCCCUAUAGGAAUUGAUAAAGCCCUGGAGAAAAUGCAGAGGGAAGAACAUUGUAUUUUGUAUCUUGGACCACGAUAUGGCUUUGGAGAGUCUGGGAAACCUGAAUUUGGCAUUGAGCCUAAUGCUGAGCUUGUAUAUGAAGUUAUUCUUAAGAGCUUUGAAAAGGCCAAAGAAUCCUGGGAGAUGGACACCAAAGAAAAACUUGAACAGGCUGCUAUUGUCAAAGAGAAGGGAACAGUGUACUUCAAGGGAGGCAAAUAUUUGCAGGCAGUGAUUCAAUAUGGGAAGAUUGUAUCCUGGUUAGAGAUGGAAUAUGGUUUAUCAGAAAAGGAAUCUAAAGCAUCUGAAUCCUUCCUGCUAGCAGCUUUCCUUAAUCUGGCUAUGUGCUACCUAAAGCUCCGGGAGUACACCAAAGCUGUCGAAUGCUGUGAUAAGGCACUUGGACUGGAUAGUACCAAUGAGAAGGGCCUGUACAGGAGGGGUGAAGCCCAGCUGCUUAUGAAUGAAUUUGAGUCAGCCAGAGGUGACUUUGAGAGAGUACUAGAAGUAAACCCCCAGAACAAGGCUGCAAAGCUGCAGAUCUCCAUGUGCCAGAAGAAAGCCAAGGAGCACAAUGACCGGGAUCGCAAGAUAUAUGCCAACAUGUUUGAGAAGUUUGCAGAGAGAGAUGCAAAGGAAGAGGCUGGUAAAACAGUAAGUGAUAAGAUGCCAGAAGGGGUCCCCUCUAAGAAGAUCCAACCUGUAGAAGAGCCAAUAAUGGAAGACAAAGAUUUGGAAUGCCAUGUAUGACAAAGUACAAAAGAGAGAGAGGGAAAACUAAUGAAUUCAGCCCCCUCCUCAAUGACUUCUACAGAACUCAGGACUAAACAAUGUUUCUUGUCAAGUUUGUUGUAGUCUAUGUGAUUCUGGACACAAGCAGGCAAACUUGUGGCUUCCCAAAAAAUAGCCCCUUGCUGCCCAUUACCUUCACUGAAAGGGUCAUGUGGGACCACUGUAGGUGGUACAAAAAAAUAGAUGCAGCUGUUGGGGUUAGGAAGUUGGACCAGCAGCUUGAGUCCAGCUCAUUUCAGUUCAUGUCCCAACUUUUUUAUAUCCAAGUUAGAGUAUUCUAAAACCUUAGCAAUUUGAAGUUAUUUGUUUGGAUCAUAUAUCUGAUGAUCAAGCUUUAGUUACACUGUAGAGAGACUUAGAAUAAUUUAAAGAAUCUUUCUUUUUAUUGGGCUACGAGCAGCAUCUUUGAAGAGAGCUCCCAAACCAUUGAGACUAUAUAGAUCCACUUAAGCGUUUGUAUAGGGAACAGGAAUGUGUGGAGGUUUGUUUGUUUGUUUUUAAAUAACUGAAUAGCUAAAGUACUUAUCGAUACAACUCUGUUGUUUUAACGAAGAGAGCUAAUAUGAAGGAAAAUAAUCUGAGAUCACCUUGUGCAAACAACAUUGUUAACAAACCUGAGAGCUAAGCCUGCAGGGGCCACCUGCACCCUUAGCCUUCUCCUCUUUGCUCACAGCUCUUGUACUGCUUUCAUAUGAAUCUUAACCAGUCAGCUUUUCCUGGAUCAGCAAUUCAUGGGCACCCACUCUUCUGCAUUAGCAGACAAGUUUGGGUUUUGGUUUUUCCCUUUUUUGGAUGAAGUAUUGAAAUGCUCAAAUGUGAAGAAAAAAAGUAAUAGCAAUUUCUCUUUUCUUUUUCUCUUCCUUUGAAAAAGUCAUGCGGAAUACAAUACCUCUUGCUAGCACUGCUACUGUUCAUUUCCUUAUUUCCAUUCUAAUCCACAUUUUUAGAAACUUAAAAACUUGUUCUUAUAAUAUCUUAGACCUGGAGUGGAUUUAUUUACAUCUCCAUAUAGAAUUGAUGCAGCUUUUUUGGUUUUGUUAUUUAAAAGAUUAUCAGAGUUUAAAAUUAUAUUGAAUUUUUAAGAAUUUCAUUUACUCUCUUGUGAGAAAAAAAAAUGCUACUUUGAAAAUAAUUGAUAUUCUGUUACUUAGUUUUAAAAAACAAAGCCUAUGGGAUUUGGAAAGCAAUUAUUCUUCCACUUAAGGGUUUUACAUAUGGGUUUAGCAUUGCCAUCAUUUUCUUUUCUAAUAUUGAUAGUUUCUCUGUUCUGAACUGGGUUAUGAGCGGUGAAUGAGCACAUGCUAUGGCAGGUGACUCAGCAUUAAGUCCUUAGCAUCUAAGCACAAAAUUAAGUACUGUGAGUACUCUAGUUUUAUUUUUUAAAUAUUUCUAGAAGUGAAUUUUAGCUUUUUGAUCUAAAUGAGAUAAUAAGGUUCAGUAAAAUCCUACCUUGCAAAUCUCUAACCAAUGUCAUUAACAGUGUGAAUACCAUUAAAUGAAUAAUUUAGAACAAUUCAAUAUUUAUUAAGCAUCUACUGUGUGCAUAGAGCAUUGGGGUAGGUGAGAGGGGAAAGUAAAAAUAAGAUUGUCCCCUACCUUCAUGAAAGCAAGUCUAGUAAGAUGGGGAGAAGGGUGUGAGGAUGGUGAAGUAUAUUCAUACCAGUAGCUACAGUGAAGAUACAAAGAGAAGUAAUACAAGAAUUCCCAGGAUGAAAAACUCAUUCCAACUGGGGUCACUAGGGAGGCUUCAUUCAACCUUCAACCUUAUUCAUGUCACCUUUAAAAAUCUUAAGGCAAUAUUGUCAGUUAUCUUUUAAAAUACUUAUAUUUUAUUCUUGUUAUUUUUUUUUUUUAAUAUCCAACCAAGCCAAUCUGGUAUUGCCUUCUAAACCUGAAAAUCAAACUUUUUUUCCUGUAAAAUUUAUCCUUAAAAUUUAUUUAUUGAACAAAUGUGGUAAAUACUCAUCUGGAGCACUCUGAUGAUAACCAAAGCCAUACUGAUUGUCUCUCACUUGACUUUUUGUUUCUUCACCAAAUAUUUCCAUAGGAAACCCCAAAUUCAAUUCAGAAAAAUAAAAAGUAAGUGGUCACUUUGCUCAUUGUUGGUAUGUACUGGUGAGCUCAACAGAUUAGAGCAUGGUGCUAAGCAAAUCAGAGCUUAAGCUUUGUUUCCAUGCAAUCUAGUUAGCUCCUCACAAAGAUAAAUUUUUUCUGGAGCAAGACCAGCUCCAGCAAACUGUUUCCCAAAUGGUUCUUCUAGCUACCGAGAGCGCUAGGUAAGUUUGCAAAGGAUUUAGAACAAACCAAUAUAACUAGAGAUCUAGUCCUUACUACUGGAAAACAGUUCACAUACCUGACAGAAUCAGUACAAUAAUGUUGUCCUUGAAUGCCAAGGACAGCGUAUUUUAUUUAUAAAUAAAGUAGAAAUAUUUGAAGCAUCUUUGUAUAGAUGGAAUACAGAAUGGUAAGUCUACUUAUUAAUAGGAAAUUAUUUUGUAGAUAUCAACAUCCCUUUUUUCAUUUAAAUUCAAUAGAAUAAAUAUCGUUCUUUUGGGAUGGAGCAUAAGUGUAAUUUAAAAGUUGGGUAAACUUCAUAAGAGAAAUUGUUUUCUCAAAUUUUGCUUUAAUGUUCUCCCCCAAAAAAAGAUGGGAAAGGAGGAAGAAAGGAGGGAAGAUAAUGGAAUUAUAUCAAUAGAAUUAUUCAUGUUUAAAAAAUAAAUUGGAAUACAUUCUUUCUUUAUUCUGAUUUUAUACUAGGUCCAUGGGGGAACGCUAAGUUUCAGUGAAUAUCCACUCAAAUGAGUUUGUUGUUAUUGAUGUAUCUAUUCAUCCUAUGAUGAAGUGGGAAAAUGACAAGAUUUGAAGUCACAGCACCUAGAUUCAAAUCUUAGAUGUGCCUCAGUUUCCUCAUUUGUAAAAUGGUAAUUAAACUUUAAGGCCCUCCUAGCUCAAAAUCUAUGAACUUAUAUCAGCCUUUUUUAAUCAAAAUUUAUAUGCAUACUUUCUAACUCAGAAAGCCCAACAUGUGGGAAAUAUAAUUCAGUGUUUAUAAGAAAGAUUGAGCAUUGCUGGGGAGCAAAGUUUCAUAAUCUUCCUUCUUUUACAAUGAACAUCACAAAGAUCCUAGAGCACAAUCGCCUUGGUUUAGGGUCUCUGAAAUCCUUGAUUUCUCUGGAUUUUAAAUCCUAACCCUUCUUGUGUGAAGUAAUUUUUUUACAAUACUUCCUUCAAUUUGCGUAUUUUUAAUUAAAUAUAUUUUGUAUCAAGGGAGUCCUAUUGGGCUUUUCAGUUUUGCUGAUACAAGAGGCAUGAAAAUCCUUUUUUAUCAUUUUCUGAUGUCAGGUACUUGAUAACAUAGACCAACUCCUUCAAAUAGCAGUAGCAGAGAUAAAAGAUGUCCCCAUACUUGUUUGACCUCUGCCAGCAUAGUGAGCUUCUUGAGGCUUAUUUCUUUAGUGGUGUUUCUAUAUAUACUGUGUCCCUGCUAAGAUUACCAGCUUUACGACUAAUCCCUGCUAUGGAAUAGUCACAGACACAGUUCAUUUUUUUUUUUUGUUUUUUUGGUCCCUUAAGAAUUCUCUGAAUAGUAUGAAUUAGUGGGUAGAGAAUGGAUCUCAAAAGCUAAGAAGAUCGGAAUUCUACCCCUCCCUUGAGCCAUACUGGCUAUGUGAAUCUGGACAAAAGUCCACUUUCUCAGCUUUCCCAAGCAACUCUCAAAAAAUACUAAUUUCAGAAAAGUUGUCAGUCUAUUGGUAGAGACAGUUUUUUCAUCAGGAGUUUCCCACACAAUGAAAUCAACAAUUCAGACUUGAAAAUAGUCUCAUGCCAUGAUUAUUUUUGCCACAAAAAUGACUGAAUCAGAACUGUGAAAACCUUCACACACACCCUAUUAGCUGUUAUUUUCCAUAAAAAAUAGCUAUUCUUGUGUUUAAAUGACACACAAGAGCAAAAGAAAAAGGUGCGUAGAUAAACGGAGAAAUGUGUUUUCCAUCAACCUGUCAAAAGUUUCUGCAGACCAUCUCCCAGCUUCUUUUCAAUAUCUUUCUUUUAUACAUUUCAUAUAAGAUGUUUGGAUUAAAGGGAUAUAAAAACAUAGGAACUGUUGAGUUGUGUUGAGAAGGAAUAAAGGAACAACAAACUUCAGAAUUAUAUAAGACUAGACUGGGAAGCUCACCUAAUACCUAAAUAUUAUUCUCAGGAAAGUUCUAAUGAACUUAAAUUUCAUCUCUCUUUGUUGCUGGGUAUCAGUCUACCUCAAGGACAAUGCAUGGGUUCCCUAUAUUUCUUGGCUAUAUAGAAUCUUAGAGUGUCAGAACUAAAACAAUGACUUAGGUAGUUCAAUUCCUUCACUUUGCAAAUGAUGCUAAGACCCAGAGAGAUUAAGUGAUUUGCCUAAGACAGCAAUAGCAGAUUUUGAUUUCAACUUAAUAAAUUUCUCUUAUUCCAGAUCAUGCUUUCUCUACUACAGCAAGGUGAAGUCUUCAAGCAGAGGCUGGAUGUAUAGAGGGGAUUUCUACUUUAAGCAUUGUUUGGACUCAGUUGCUUUUAAGUCUCUUCCAAAUCUUGACAUUUGUGAUCUUGAUGCCCAAUCCAAUUUAUGCAAUGUUACCAAAUCAAAAUAAUAGAUUUUGUCAAGCUGGGCAUUUGAUUGAUAUAGAUAUUUCCUAAUAGUUCUAAUGUGGUGCGAGAAUUCGAUUUACAUCAUUUUCCCCAAAAGAUCUCAGUUUACAUCCUUUCCAAAAUAAGAUAGUAACGGAGAACAAACAUUGGGGGCAAAAUUAAAAAUUAGCUGGAUUAGAAUGUUUUGUAACAAAGAUGUGGGCCAUGAUCUCCUCUAUAUAAAGGGAAUAAGUAUAAAAGGUAGAAGACAAAGUGACAAAGAACAAUUAUCACAAAGAGGAAAAAGUUUACAAUAAUCAUAUAGCCCAUCUCUCAUUCCAUUAAGAAUUCCCUCUGUAGUAUCCUUGGCCACAACCUGCCAGGUUGUCCAGCCUCUGUUUGAAUUAUAAAGUAACAGAGAACUCAUUCUUCUGCCAAACACUCCAUUAACACUUGUUAAGAAAUGUUUUCUUAUACAAAUUGCCAACCUGCAUCUUUAUAUACCUGUGACUCCUGGUACUUCUUUGUAGAAUCAAACAGAACUGGUUUAAUCUACUGUGUAUAAGAUCAUGUGCCAAAAGUCCUUGUCUUCAAGGAGUUUAUGUUCUUCCAUAGGACAAUUCUUAAGUUAUGUCACCCCAAGGAUCCUUUUCUCCAGUCUGAGCAUUUCUAGUUCCUUUAAUUGCCUUUUAUAAUGUCAUUUCAUGUUUCCUCUUAGGUAACAGAUGCUGCUAGAUGAUACAGAGAAAACAGUGUUAGACUUGGACCCAGCUUUAAAUUAUGCCUAAGGUGUUAAGUAGCUAAGUGACCAAGAAAAGUCAUUUAAUAUCUCCAUUUCAGUUCCCUCAUCUAUAAAAUGGGAAUAUGAGGUAUCAUGUCAUAAAAAUAUUAUGAUAAUAGUGGUUGUGAGCACUUUGCAAAACGUUAAAGUGCUAACUAAGCAUUGGGUACAUUAUGAUUGUUGUGCCACAGUUCCCUUUUAUUGUCCUGUCUUGGUUUCCCUGAAUUGUUCUGCCUCAGUUCCUAAUUGUUAUGCUUAAUACUGUAACACCACUCCUCUCUCCUAAUCAUGAUGAUCCAGAUAAGGAGAAAGACCUUCUAUUUUAGACCUUAAAUUGUAAUGCUGGAGAAACUGAGGCAAGAUAGAGAUUAGAGAGUUUUUAAUAUUUUAUUAAUUGGAGAGCAUAAUUGACUGGACAAGUUCCAGUGGUGAAUGUGAGUUCUCAAUGACAUAUAUAUCCACAUGGCUCAGCUACAGGGGUAGACCAAGGCAGGGGUGAAGUCAGAACAUUGAGAAUGGGAAAUUUCAGGACCAUAAAUUUGGGUCUAGCAGGAUGGGGGGAAGCUGGAAGCCAGUCACAAUGUUUGAAUAAACAAAGGUAAAAAUGCCAAUGAGAUAUCUGGGAUAGUCUUAUCUUUUGGAAUAUUUUAGAGGAGUAGUGCCAUAAAUUCUUGAGGGCAGAAGGAGUUAGGAGCCAAGAAGUCUGAUCUUCCCCUCAUCUUGAGUCUCACAUUGACAAUUUAUAACCUUAAGCAAAUGGUCCUCAGUCUUAAUGAACCAGAGGGGGAGUUUUACAACUAAGAGGAUUGAAGCAGAACAGUUAAGGAGACUAAGGCAGAACAAUUCAGGGAAACUCAGGAUAUUUAGGGAGACUAGUGCAGGGAAACUGAGGUAGACCAGUUCAAGGAGACUGUGGCAUAACAAAAUUUAGGGAAACUGAGUCAGGAUAAUAAAAGGGAACUGUGGUACAAUGUGAUGAGACAUUUAAAUAGAGAUUUGUAUUCUAUAAUAGCUUUAAAAUUUUACUUUUUUUUCAAAAGUAUUUUAUUUUUUUAAAUGCAUGUAAAGUUAGUUUUCAACAUUCAUUUUUGUAAGAUGGUGUUCCAAAUUUUUUUUUCCUUCUUGCCUUUUUCCCUUCUCCAAAGACAGCAAGCAAACUGAUAUAGGUAGAUAUAUGUAAUCCUUCUAAACAUACUUCCAUAUUUUUCAUGUUAUGUAAAAAAAAUUGGGCCAAAAGGGAAAACUUGAGAAAGAAAAAGCAAACAAACAAAAAAGGUGAAAAUACUAUAUACUUUGAUCCAUUUUCAGUCUCCAUAGUUCUCUCUCUGAAUAUGGUUGGUAUUUCCCAUCCUAUAUCUAUUGGAAUUGUCUUGGCUCAUUGUGUGACUGAGAAGAGUUAAGUGUCAUAGUCGAUUAGCACUUGAUGUUACUGUUAUUGUGUAUAAUGUUCUCUUGGUUCUGCUCACUUCACUCAGCAUUAUUAGUUCAUGUAAGUCUUUCCAGGCUUUUCAUUUCAGUCUGCUUAUCAUUUUUUAUAGAACAGUAAUAUUCUAUUACAUUCAUAUACCAUAACUUAUUCGGUCAUUCCCCAAUUGAUGAACAUCCACUCAAUUUCCUGUUCCUUGCCACACUACAAAAAAAGAGCUGCUACCAACAUUUUUGCACAUGAUUCUUUUCCCUCUUAUACUAUCUCAUUGGGAUAUAGACAUAGUAGUGAAACUGCUGGAUUAAAGGGUGUGCACAAUUUUGUAGCCCAUUGAGCAUAGUUCCAAAUUGAUUUCUAAAAGGACUAGGUCGAUUGACAAAUCCACCAACAAUAUAUUAGUGUCCUGGUUUUUCCCCCAUCCCCUCCAACAUUUAUCUUUAUCUUUUCCUGUCAUCUUGCCCACUCUGAUAGGUAUGAAAUGGUCCCUCAGAACUGUUUUAAUUCACAUUUCUCUAAUCAGUAGCGAUUUAGAGCAUUUUUUCAUUUGAGUAUAAACAGCUUUAAUUUCUUCACUUGAAAAUUGUCCAUAUCUUUUGACCUUUUAUCAAUGGGGAAGUGACUUGUAUUCUUAAAAUUUGAUUCUGUUCUCUCUAUAUUUUAGAAGUGAGUUCUUCAUCGGAAGCACUGACUGUAAAAACAUUUCCUAGCUUUCUAUUUCCCUUCUAAUUGGUUUUGCUGUAUUGAUUUUGUUUGUGCAAAAUGUUUUCAAUUUAAUGUAAUCAGAAUUAUCCAUUUUGUAUUUCAUAACAUUCUCUAUUUCUUGUUUGAUCAUAAAUUCCUCCCUUCUCAAAGAUCUGAUAGGUAAACUAUCCCUUGCUCUCUUAAUUUGCUUAUAGUAUCAUCCUUUAUGUCUAAAUCAUGAACCUAUUUCAACCUUAUCUUGGCAUAGGAUGUAAAAUUUCAACUCCUGGUAUUUUCACUGUCUUUCCCCUUCUUCCCCCUUCCCCCAUGCAUGGAAUGUUUUUUCUCCUCAUCCCCAUUUCUUGGCUUCCCCAGCUUCCUAUAGUUAAAAUCCUAUCUUAUUAAGAAACCUUUCCUGAUCAUCCUUAAUGCUAGUGCCUUGCUUCCAUUUGUUGAUUUUCUCCAGUUUAUCCUGUCUGAAUCUUGUUUGUAUAUGGUUAUUUGCAUUUGGUCUCCAUUAGGAUGAGCUCUUUUAGAGAAAUAUGUGUCUUUUGCCUUUCUUUGUAUCCCUAGUGUUUAGCAUAGUAGUGGGUGGCAUAUAGUAGGUGUUUAACAACUAUUAAUGAUUGUUAAACUUUGUUGUCCAGGAUCAAAUACAGUUCUUAAAAUAUGGUCUGAAGGUAUGAAGGAGUAAUUGUUCUUGAAAACUAUGCCUUUUCAGGCUACCUUCCAGCUUAGGAUGCAGCUCCUACAUCUCUGUAAGAUAGCAUUAUCUUUUUUGAUCACUACAUCACACUUCUGCAUCAUGUUAAGAUUUCAGUCCACUAAAACCCUUCGAAGUUUUUUGUUUGUUUUUUUCCCAGACAAAUUUCUGUCCAAGGUGCCUUACCUUGUUCUUUGAAAGUUGGUGGGGGUUUUUAACCCAAACAUAAAAUUUUACAUUUAUCUCUAUUAAUAGAGAUAAAUUUAAACAGUGAUAAUUUGUCAGUAUCUAAUAGUAGGAGGCCAAAGUUGAAACAUUUCUGGUGUUUCUUAUGAGAGGCCACUUGGGGACACACUGUACCAUAAUAAGCCGAAGUAGUCUCAUCCAGGAUUUUGGAAGCUCAGCAAGCUGUAGUAUGUACACACCAAAGAUGGCAUAAGAGAUUACUGUUGAGUGUCAUGGUCAGGCCUGGCCCUCAUCCAAAAAAGUAAAGUGGACAGAGUUUGUCUGUUCUGCUUUCCCAGAUCUCCUGGGUGGCCCGCUCUCCUAACCCAUGCACCUUUCCUCCACAUCUUGCUGGCAAUCAGUCCAUUCCAGAAGAGUGUGUUCCUGUGCAAUGGGGACACGAGUAUGCAAUGUUGUAGCCUUGUGCUUUAUUAAUCUUGCCUAAGUUUGUUCCUCUCAAGUGCCUCUAGUUAUUUCUCAGCAUUGCUGCCUUGGAUUUUAAGAGUCUCUCCUUUUGUAGUGGAGAAAGCAAGAAGCUUGAAGUGGAAGGAGCCCUCGAUUUGACAUCAGAGGACCUGGCUACAAAUCCUGGCUCUGCUGUUGUGCAAUCCUUACCUAGUUCAUCCUUAACCUCCUUGUGCCUCAGUUUCCUCAUCUAUAAAGUGAAGGGGUUGGACUAAGUUACCUCAAAGGUCCUUGCCAGCUCUAAGUCUAGGACCCUGUGAUCCUUGGAUCCAAAUCCCAGAUCCAGCACUUCAUGCCUGUUUGAGUUUAAAGCAGAUCAUGUGACUUCUCUGGGCCUCAGUUUUGUCAUCUAGAAAACAGAAGUAAUCGCGCUUGGACUACUUACCUCAUAGGGUUGCUAGGAUCAAAUAAAAUGGUGAAGGCCUAAGUUCUUAAUAAAUGAAAACAAUAUGCACAAAUAUGUUACUGUAAUAUGCCUGUAUUUCAGAAACUAACUUGGGGAAACUAAGAUACAUUUGACAAAGGUAAGUGACAUUGUAAGAGAAUGUGUGAUAAGCACCCCCAAAAGUCCUGUGGACAAUAAGAGAAGCCCAUCCACCCAAGACUCUGAGUCCGCCUCAUAGAGGCGUGGGACCGCAGCAGAGAGUUGGAGGACAGUCGGGAUUGAGUGGGGACAGCGGGAGGCUGUGGAAAGCACACUGAGCCUUCACUCAGGAGAAACCUGGUCUUGUUUCUGCCAUUUACUAGCUCAGCUACCCCGGGCAUGCCCUGAACCUCAACAUCCUCAUCUGUAAAAUGGGGAUGAUAAUGUUUAUGGUCCUACCUCCCAAAAUUGUUAUAAGGCUCAAAUGAGAAAAUGCACAUAGAAGCUUUGUAAAACGUUCAAGUCAACUUGCUAUCAUCUAUUAUGAGGACAGAGACUUGCAUUUUAUAUAAACUUUGUAACUCCCUCAGGCUUAACACAGUGCCCUGAACAAGGAAGAUAAUUAAUAAAUGUUUGUUGGUUUUGAUUGAGUUUAAUUAUAGCAAUAAAGUUUCAUCAGGUUUGAAAGCCA